UUCGUACAUUCACGGCACGAAACUCGCGGACACGCGCGCGCGGGCGCGCGCGUUCAGUCGCGGCAUUAACAUCGUAUCCUCAGGUACGUUUCCCAGCAACGUAUCCCAGGUGGGUACUCGAGUCAGGCUCACGAUCAACAUCUCUCAUCGGUUAACGUGGAACCUGCGGAGCUGCGAGGAGCUCGUGCGACUCGCAGAGAACAGAGAGUGAGAGAAGAGAGAAGAAUACGACUGGCGCGUAUACGGAAUUGUGUACGUGAUACGAAGAGAAAAGCGCAUCGUCCGCGCUUACAGCUGGCUGCAUCGAACAGCGCUGCGGAGAAUGUUCCUCGUUGCACCGGUCGACAAUAAUCGUUGGGUCUACGCGAUGCACGGACUGGAAAAGCCCAUGGAUCAUGUGUCCGCCGGCGGUGUGAUGGCAGGCUCCAUUGCCACUUUGGCGAUCCUCUGGGUGUCCCUGCAGACGAUGGGACUUUUGGGACACUCGCACUCGAUCGGCACCUCCAAGUUACCACCUGCCUCUCUGCAAAACUACCUCGCCACUUACAACGGAAUAAUUUCAGGAUUUCCAGCCGCUAAUUACGGCUAUGAAGCCAUUGUGGAUACGGGCCGUUUUCAAAAUCGCCGAUUCCCCAGAAUCGACGGGGCGACUCUAAACAACUCGAUCACGUUCGCUCAGACGCUGGUAGAUCGUAUGAGCACUCUCGAGAAUAACAUCGCCAAUGCCGGCAUCGAGCUCCAGGCGCAAAGUCCGGCUGAGAAACAGUACUGGAAUUCCUACCCUUCCGCGGACGCGUUCGAGAGGAGCAUCGAUGCCGUCGUAGCUACGAAAGCAUCGUUGUAUCUCAUGCACCAAAAUUGCCGCAGAUUCGGCUUGGACAAGAACGAGUGCGCUCGCUACAUAUCGACCUUGAGACUGCAAGGUACCCAGCUCGGGGCAGCUUGCUCCGCGGUCCAUAGCGCGAGCUGUGACGAGAAUUUCAAGUACCGCAGCAUCGACGGCAGCUGCAACAACGUCGAGAACCCGAGUUGGGGCAGCGCGAUGACCGCGUAUACCAGAGUGCUCUUCUCCCAGUACUUUGACGGCAUCCAAGAGCCGAGGCACGUCGGACAAACGAAGAAACCACUGCCAAGCCCGAGGCUCGUAAGCGCAACUCUGACGACCGCGAACGAUCAUCAAUCGGACGCUAGCAGGACGUUGGCUGUGAUGGAGUGGAGUCAGUUCAUCGCUCAUGACAUGGCUCAUACCCCGGUUCGUAAGAUGGUUUCAAGCGGAAAGCCAAUCUCUUGCUGUCAGCCGGACGGAGAUACCUUGUCGCCGCGUCACGUACAUCCCGACUGUUCUCCCAUCAGUGUGCCGGACCGUGACCCUGUUUACGGCGAACAUUACGUUCGAUGCAUGAACUACGUUCGAUCAUUACCCGUCUUAAAAUCCGAGUGUACUUUCGGACCUGUGGAACAGAUGAACCAAGUCAGCCACUAUUUGGAUGGCUCCACGAUUUACGGAUCGACCUUGAAGAAGUCUCGGGAACUCCGCGCGUUCGAAGGUGGCCGUCUGCGAGUCGAAAUCCGCAAUCAUCACGCGUAUCUGCCGUCACGUCAAGGAGACGCCGGGCUUACGUCGCAAUGCGAAGAGAAUUGCUACAACUCUGGUGACGAUCGCGUAAACGUCGAGCCUCAAUUAGCCGCGAUCCACACGGUCUGGCAUCGCGAGCACAAUCGCAUCGCCGACAAGCUUGCCAGGUUGAAUCCGGACUGGUCGGACGAGAUCCUUUACCAGGAAGCCAGACGUAUCGUAAUCGCCGAGAUUCAGCAUAUCACUUACAGAGAGUGGCUGCCUAUCUUGCUAGGCAGAAGAUAUACCCGCGCCAUCGGCCUCGUAGGCCUAAUAGGAAAUAGCUACAGUUCCGACGACGAACCGGCGGUCAGCAACGAAGCUGCCACCGCGGCGUUACGUUUCCUCAAUUCGCUGAUACAGGGGGAGCUGAGUUUGCCCGACAACUCGCGCCAGCGGAACAAAACGCUUCAACUGACGGAGCACUUCUUCAAUCCGCGCGUGAUCGAGUCGGAACAAGUGCUCGACGGAUUGCUUCGUGGUCUUGCCACUCAGACCAGUCAGAAAAUGGAUAUGAGUCUCAUUCCGGAUAUGACGAGUAAGCUGUACAUCGGCAACGGAAACGACUUGGGUUUGGACGCCAUUAGUUUGGACAUUGAGCGCGGUCGCGAUCACGGUCUUCCGGGGUACAAUUAUUAUCGCAGAUAUUGCGGGCUUCCCGCUGCCAGGAAUUUCGAUGACUUCUUGGAUUACGUACCCGCGGAGAUGGUGAGAAGACUACGCGCAACUUAUUCUCAUCCCAACGACGUUGACCUUAUCGUGGGUGGUAUGGCUGAAAGACCGGCGGACGACGGUAUGGUCGGGCCGACCUUCCGUUGUCUUAUCUACGAACAGUUUUCCAGAUCUCGACGUACCGAUAGGUUCUUUUACGACUCGGCGCAACAACCGCAUCCCUUCGCAUCUCAACAAUUGGCUCAGCUGCGUAACGUCACUUUGGCACGGAUAUUUUGCGACAACGGUGACAACAUCACUCACAUGCAGCGCAAUGUAUUCCUCAAGCCGCAAGCGGGGAAUGAAUUGCGAAGCUGCACAGAUUUCGAGGCGAUACCCAGCGUGGACCUGUUCGCCUGGGCGGAGAGGGCGAAAGCGUAUCGUUGAACUGCCCGAUUAAUUGGCUGGUCACACCAAUACUAUUGCAUCCGUUCGCCCGAGACGUAGAGCGGCUCCGAAGAGUGGACGGUUUACGAAAGCGGAGGAAUGUGUGGGAAGAGCGAUUGUGUGAAACUGCGUGCAGUAGUUUCAUCAGAAUCGUCAGAAGCGUCGCGGAGGUCGCGCCUCCAGGUGACGAGCGCGACAGGUGCAGCGCGAAGCGGAACGAUGAAACCACGUGACUAGUCGAUUAAGAGGAGAUAACCGGUAGUUAGAGCGAGGUUGUACACGGAAACGAAUGUAAUGUCAACGCGAGAACCAUGCUCGAGUUCGUCAUUCCGCGAUAGAGCUUCGCUCCAUCUAACGCAGGACUGCAUUUCUCAACGGUCCGUUAUUAUAAUCCGACCAAUGUGGACGCGUCCGUAGGUAGUCUCGUAUAUCUCUGUGAGGUGGUGGACAUUGCUGGAAGCUUGCGCUUAUCGGAGCAUUACGCUUGCAACGUAGACGAUUAUGUUAGUUCGAAGUUCAAUUUCUAAAGUAUCAAUUGACUUUGCGAUGAUUUUAAAAUAUCGAAAUGGAUAGAAUUUUUUCGAUUUCAGAAUAAACGACGUUAUUUCCGAUCAGUGCGAGAAUCUAAAUGUCUAGUCAAUAACGAUGGAAUGUCUGACGAAUAAGUUAAAAUAUCAAAUGAUACGCAUAUAUACAUAUACAUAUAUAUAUAUAUAUACAUAGAUAUAUAUAUAUAUAUAUAUAUAUAUAUAUAUAUAUAUACACGUAUAUGCUGAAAUAUAACUCGAUAUCGACGAGUGCAUUUUUGCUCUUGGGAAUAAUCCGCACUGAAUCGAACGAAGCUAUAAUUGAAAGCAAUAAUGUAUUAGACGGCGACUGAUAUUGUGUAAUAGGUUAUUAAUAGGCUGUAAGAAAUAUAAAAGAAAUAUCGACAUCGUGUCUUAUUUUUUUAUAAUGUUUAACGUACCGACGUUGUCUCGAAGGGUGUGUCUUUUUUUACAUUAGGAACUUUGCACGUCUGUAAAAAAUAUUUAUUCUACAAUACAUAAUUCAUAUAACAUAUGUCGGCAAUUUGUAAAGUUGAAACAGGCAUCGAACAACAAUGUUCAGUUGGGCAAUAGCAUAAGAAGAGCAGCACCAUGUGGAAAUAAAUUAUAUUUAAUAAUAAAA